AUGAAAUGGCGAGAGGCGAGUGGAAUGGCAGUUCCGCUUGCUGCCGCUGUCUUCCUCAUGCUGCCAAUCUUCACGUCGUCAACUGGAGAUAUCAGACACCACGGAACAUCUAGGGCGCGGGGGUGGCGAGCUAGCGUCACCUCUGACGUCACAGCCAAUAACUCGGUCAGCAACGUCACAGCUCAACUUGGCGGCACAGCUUAUUUGCACUGUCUUGUGGGACACUUGAACGAGCGAGGGCAAGUGUCGUGGAUUAGGAAACGGGACUGGCAUAUCUUGAGCUCUGGCAAGUUCACCUACACGAACGACGAGCGGUUCCAGGUCUUACACGGCGAAGGUUCUGAAGACUGGACUCUUCAAAUCAAGUUUGUACAGAAGCGAGAUAACGGCACGUAUGAAUGUCAGGUGUCAACUCGGACGGGAAUCGUGUCGCAUUACGUUCGGCUCCAGAUAGUGGUCCCGGAGGCUUUCAUUUUGGGCUCGGGCGAGCAUCACGUAGACCUCGGCAGUGUGAUACACCUCAUCUGCAUUGUUGAAAAGAGCCCGACUCCGCCGCAAUACGUCUUCUGGUACCACAACGAUAGGAUGAUCAAUUACGACGCGACACGCGGUGGGAUUACGGUGGAGACAGAACCUGGUGCCAGGACACAGUCGCGGCUGACUGUGCGCGGGGCCACGCUUAAAGACUCCGGGAACUACACUUGCAGCGCUAGUAACACCGAACCGGCGUCUAUUCAUGUAUUUGUGUCUGAAGGCAGUAACAAAAUGGCGGCGAUCCUCCGACGCAACACUAGCGCCAUCCAUGGCAUAACUUCGAGUAUUACCUGCAUCUUGUUAUUUGCUUCAGUGCUGGCACAUUUUGUCGUGCGAUGA